AUGACAUCGACGAGCACCAAAACGAAUGAUGAAUCGGGAAUUUCAAAAACUCCAUCAUCAUUAAUGAUGUCUUCUAAUACAUCAGUGAUGGCUUCCUCCAAUGAGCCUAACCUGUUGGAAUUCAAUCCUGCAUCAUUGUACGGGUUUUGUACAGGAUGCACCGAGAGAUAUUUUGCAGGAGAUCAUGGAGGGUAUCCUCCUUUUGAACUUGUAGAAAAUUGUUUUAAAGAAUUCGGAAUGAAAGGAGAACGAGAUAAACAAUUUAUUGCUGAUGUAAUUAUUGGAAUAGAACGAUAUUCAAAAUUUAUUGACAUCUCUUUAGAAAUAUUUUCAAAAUGUAGCUCGAAAGAGAAUGAGUUUUUGAUACUCAAUAGAGAGAGAACAGAUUAUUCUGUGGUGUUGUAUACUUUGUACUUUUUAUUUCCUUCAGUUUUACCUUUAGAUUUUGUAAAAGAUUUUUUGUCCAAUGCAAUGACGCCCUCAAAGCGACAACGGUUCAUACUCUUCAUUUACAAUUCCCAAAACCUGACAACGUUAUUUAUGGAAGAGUGGAGCAGGCUGUAUGAAAAAGAAUGGAUUGACUCUCAACUUUUAAGCUCAAUACGUCAACAUGAAGAAAUUGUGACCUCGUGGGCUUCCAAAAUUGUAGGCAAGGACAAACCACCAAAGAAGUCGGAUACAGUUUUUGAACCAUUUAAUUUAACAAUGCAAAAAGAAAAGAAGCAACCAGUCGAAGAAGUAAUUGAAUACACAUUCAAAACUAAGGAAAUUCCUGAAACAACUUACAAACCCGAGAAUCCUGCCAUCUCCAAAGCUCUUGACAUGUAUAAGGAGAGUAGAAAAUCUAUACCUUUUCUCGAUGAGCAGAUCAUUGAGAACAAUAGGAAAGAAAUUUCGAAAUUGCGAGAAGAAAUGGAGAGAGCCAAAGUGCCCAAUGCUCCACCAAGAGCAAGAAAAAAAGAUAUCGAGCACACUAUGGAAUCUGUGACUUCUCCCAAACCAGUCAUUAAAGACAUUGAGCAAGUACGAAAAGUAUUAGACGCUCCUGCCAAUGUCAAGCUCAAUGCAGCAGCAAUAUUGAGAGAAGAAGCUCUUAUUCGCAAAAAACAAGAGAAGGAAGAAGAAUUACUUAGAAAGUAUGAAUCUGAGUUGAGGGACGAAUCUGCCUUCAAAUCAUGGCAAGAAAACAUGAAACUUCAAGACGAAAAAAAGUAUUUGGAAGAAAUCGAACGGAAGAAGAAAGAAGCGAUGGAAAGUGACAUUAAUGCUAGGCUCGUACGAGAGAACAUGGCUGAAAAAAACAACAAACUUGCUGUGGAGCAAAAGAAAAAGAGAGACGAAGAAAUCAAAGAGCUUAAAGAAAAGAUAGAAAAAGAGCAAAAAGUAUUGGAAGAGAAAAACAAGGAAUUUGCCAAAGAAAUUCAAGAGAAAAUUCAAGUAGUGAAGCACGAAAUUAAAAAAGAAAAGAAGAGAACAGCCAACGAAAUUAAGAGAGAAAGUCAAAAGAAUGAAAAGAUCAUCAAACAACAACAUGAAGAAGAACAGCGAAAGCGCGAAGAUCUCAUCAAACAAAUUAGAGCUCUUGUAAAUGCUCCAAAAAGGCAAACCAAGACCUUUGACCGAACUGAAACUUCAGAGGUUGGAUUGUUAGCUGAAAUGUCCAUCGUUCAGUUGAAAGAGCGAUUAGACGAAUUGAAAAAGAUCGAAGAGCAACAAAGAGAGGAACGAAAGACGAAUAUCAUUUCAAAAAAGAAAGAAAAAGAAAUGGAAAUGCAAAACAAGUUAAAUCUUUUGAGAAAACACCGAGAUCAAAUGAAAAAAGAAAGAACUACGAACAGGAUGAAAAAGCUAGAAAUGAUUGAGACACACACCAAGAAUGCAGAAGAAUUAAGGAAGGAGGCACUACUUUCUCUGAGCGAAAAAUUGGAGCAAAAACGAGAACUCAAAUUGAAAGAACAACGACUUCAAGAAGAGCUCAAGCAAGAACGACUGAAAGAGAAACAACGUCUUCACCAAGAGAAGGAAAAUGUGGAAAAGAAACACUGGGCCAAUCAAGAGAUUGGAGCUGAAAGAAUGGCUCUCGCACGUAUAGAGCAAAGCAAGAAAGAAGCUCCUGUACGAAAUACGGCCAAGAGAAUUGGUUUAUUGAAAAUGUCAUCCUCUUCUGUUCGACCAACAUCCACAAAAGACGACAGCAUCCACUCCAAACAACAAGCCAGUGUUGCUUCCUGUGAGCAAGGGGAUGAUUCAACACCACCCAUGACAACCCUCAAUGAUGAUGAAAAUGGGAGUUUCCGUGUGUCACAACAACAACAACAACCUGCUGACCUCUUGAAAGAUCCACUACAAGAAGAGGUGAAAUAA